CAAGCCGUAGCGGCACCCUGGCUAUGGUGGCUAGACACCAUACCCUGGCAGCCCUGGCUACGGUAACAGUAGCUAUCCUAGUUGCGGCUGGUUAACUCUCUCAUAUUCGCUGGAAUGUCGGUAGUAGGUUGUGGCGAUUACUACGGCUCGCUGUAGCGUGCCCGUGUGCAAUGGAGGUGGAUGUUCCGACUGUUGUCACCAGGCUGAGCACUUCGGUGGCUGGUGGCGCGAAGUCUGACGUGCCAGUCAGGGAGCUGAAGAAGCUGGCCUUCUCCUUUCUGCUCAAGUUAGACAACAGGCCACCGACAUCAUCGCCUGGUACGUGGCCUGUGGAAGAUCACAUUGCAGCCGAGGCGUUUGCAUUGCAUUUGCAAGGGAGGCAUUGUGAUGCUCUGCGACUCAGGGAAUGCCUUACUUGGCUCAAAAGGGGACGCUAUUCACGCGAGGUGCGAGCGUGCCUGGAGUUCCUGCUUCACAUGGCUCACGGUGGGGCAACCAGUGUGAGGCAGCGACUCUUCGAGCUGCCUCCAAUCGUGCCAGCCCAUGAACAUCGGGUUCCACUUUGCUUGGUUCCUGGUGUCCCAGCCUUUCGUGAAUAUCCAAGGCAGGUUUUUGAGCGCCUCGAUGAUGAGCUGCACAACGUUAACAAUUGGGACACCCUUUUCCUUCCAGGACUUUGUGCAGCUGAGCCUGCGUGCGACCUCAAUGGGAACCCUUUGUUCAAGCUGCGCUGCCACAGCUGGCAGCUAGACCCACCCAAAGUGCCUCCGCUCACUACAUUCACUAGGAACCGGGUCCUCAUCAAGUUCUCCAAGCGCCCAGCAAAGCUUGAGCCCUUAGCGGCAGUCAGACCGCCAUCAAAACAAGCUCAGCCAACCUGCAUGACUGAGCAAGACUGGCAGUAUGUGGUGCAUGCUGGGAGAAGGAAGCACUUUACCUGGGAGAGUGUUGGAGGUGUGACGAGCUUGGUGGAGCAUCCAUUUGUGACUGAGGCUGGAGGGAGUGAAGGGGAAGCUGUGUGCCAGCUGGGCAUGCUCAGCUUGGCUGCCUUGACCGGAGCCCAGCCAUCUUCCCCACUGGGACACGAGGGACUGGUCCACAAGGCACUGCUGCUGCUGGUCGGAAUUCCAUCAGACAUUUUUCCUUACGAUCCGGUGCUGCGCAAGUUCAGCAUCCAGGGGGGAGCAAGGCUCAAAGGCACAUCAUCCGAAGCCCUUUCUGCAUCACUGUGCUGUUUUCUGCAAUGUGGCAGAGACAUUCGCUUUCUAGAAGACCUCGUUUCCAGUGACGUGAAGCCCACCCUGACAUGGCAGGCCUUUGUUGGAGCACUGAGGCAUUUCCUGCACUACUUCCAUGGCUGUCUACUGCCCAUGGCAGGUCGUGCUGACACACUCACCAUCCUUCAACUGACUCACAUUGUGAGCAGUCUUUGCAACAGUGUGAGGUGCAUCACAGACAUUUGCCGCAGUGCAGUUCAGGUCCAGGAGGUUGCGUCACAAAGACAGCAGAGCAUGCUGCUCUUGCGCCACCUGUGUCAGUGUGCCAGGAGCUGCUGGGGUCAGGAGGCAUCAUCUCUCGUGGCAUUCCUUCUUCGGCAGAGCUGCCGGCCUUAUCUCCGGUUUUUGGAGGAGUGGCUGUACGGUGGAUGUUGCAACGACCCCUACGAAGAGUUUCCCUUGGUCGUGCACAAGCAGGAGGUGGAGAUGCGAGAUGAACGCUUCUGGGAAAAAGGAUUCCAGUAUGCAGCCUCUGAGGCUCCAUUCCUGGCCCCUUUCAUGCCACAGGUCUUCACCAGCGCCAAGAGCGCCAUGCUGCUCAAAGUCUGCAAGCCUCAGAGUGGCCUCCUAUGGAGCAAGCAGCUGCGACCCGAGUUGAGGCUGUCCUUCAGCAGCCGGCAGCUGGCCCAGGCCAGGGAACUGUCGGAGCGCUACGGUCGUCUCAUGGAGUCUGAACUGCAGCUGCUUCCACUACCCAAGUUUCGCCUGGGGCUUGAUCCGCACAUCAACAUCCCAGAAGAAUGGAUAGAAGCUCAAGAGGAACUAGUUGAUAGGCAAAGUCGCCUGCUGUAUGCAAUUCCUCGGUCGCCGAGCUCCGCUUCCAGGUGUUUUAUGCCCUGCAGUCGGAGUGCUGCUCAGCCUCUUCAAGCAGCUGUAGCAGAGAGCCACGAAGACUUACUCUAUUCAGUUAUGACUGGAACACACAUGAAAGUGAGUGGCAGAGGCUACAUCACCAUGGAAACAGGGCACUCCAACAACAACCUGGGGCUCUUCUGUGAAACAGCGGGGACCUAUGGAAGCAGGGCACAGCGGAACCUCUUUGGUCAUGCCUCCGACUCCCAACUUGGCGACAUCCUCUAUCCUGAUAAAAGCAGAGGAAGCACCACGGAGAGGAAUCGGGUCACAGAUAAUCCAACCAUGUUAAGUACCACCUGUAGUGAGACUGGGGAAACGUUGAUGCCCGCCAGAGGUCAUGCGAAGACGUGCUCACUUGAAGAUGACGGCUGGGAAAGUGAAGGGCUGCUACACCAGUCGUGUGGUGACAGUCCGGGCUUGCUGCUGUCAGAGCCCGUUGAUGACGAGCCACAUGGCACACAACAUGGUGGUGGGGAUGCCAGCCUGUUGCCUGCCGACACAAGUGACAGCCUCGCCUCCUUGAACAUGACGGCUGAACCUCGGGAGUCGUCCAGGCUGGCAUUCUUCUCGCCCACCAGUGGGGAAUGCAGUGCUGAUGGUGGACUCCCACUGGACAUAGCCGUCAAGCGAUCCCUGCUUCCCCCGUUGAUGUCACAGAUGAAGCUACUGAACCGGGUGUGCGUGUCCUACCUUGUGACUGAGCUGCGGCUUUACGACCACCUGGAAGCACUCACCAACUACUACUGCUUCCAGGAUGGCGAGUUUGGACAGGCACUGUGUGAUGCCAUCUGCCAUAAGCUCAAAUCACCAGCAGAAUUUCUCAACCCAAGGACACUCAACUGGAUUCUCUCCCAAGCCUUGAGCUCAUCCUUACGGGGAGAGUGUGCAGAGGCCAGGAACCUGCGCCUGGAUGCCUGUCCUGUCGCCAUCCCUCCUGGCCAGAACAUCCUGAACUGCCUAUCACUGAGCUACAAGGUGGACUGGCCACUUAGCGUGGUGAUCAACAGGGCGUGCCUGCUGCGUUACAACAAGAUAUUCCGCUUCCUCCUCAGCUUGAGACGAGCUUUGUGGGCGCUUUCAGACAUCUGGAGCCGUCUCAAGCCAUCCGCACUUCCCAGGAAGCCAGACUCGUCACUGGAAUUCAGGCAGCUUCAACUGAUGAGGCACGAGAUGCUACACUUUGUGCAAAUGGUCCAGUCGUACGUGGGCAGUCAAGUCUUGCAGGCAUCGCUUGCAGAGCUGCGUACUGAGCUCAACAGGGAGGCACAGUCUGUGGACAACAUCCGUAACGCCCACUUUGCCUUCCUCAAGCGUCUCAGUCAGCGAUUGCUUCUAGGACGCAGGGCAGUGCCUGUGCGCAAGCUGCUGAACGAAGCACUCAGUGUGGUGCUUUUCUUCCAAACUGAGCUGGCCGAGUACUCGUGGCGUGUUGAGGAAGGCUCCCAGCUGAGCCAUCCAUCUUUUGCCAAGUUUGCCACUGCCCAUGCCAAGUUUCAGAAGACUGUAGCCACAUUGCAGACAGCUUGGAUCUCGGAUGCUAUGGGAGAACCCAGCCUCAAGAAGCUUUCACCAAUCACCGAUGAGCUGUCUCAAGCUCUGCGAGGUGCUCGACUGCAGUGCCCUCCACUGGCCUGAUGAGGCAUCGGCGAUCAUGGGAAAGAACAUCUCGUGAAGCCCAUUACUGUACCACAAAUUUGAACAAUUGUAUGCUACAGUUACCCAUAUGUGUCAUUUAGUAUUUCAAAGCUGAAUUCUGUGCUAUAUUAGUGGCUCGGUGUGAAAUGAUGUGUUCGCAGUGGACACACAGCAGGAUCCAUGCAUGACCAAUUUGUGGGUGUAGCUAAAUGUGGGUGGCUCAGAUAAAAGCAUGAUCAGCCAUGACAUGUAUAGUAGCUGCAUAGCACAACUGUUCGUAAUCUGCUUUUGGCAGUAGUUUCUUUCAGAACCUAAUGUUGCUGCUGCAUAUUGUCCAUCUCAAGCGGCAGUCACCAAUGAAAGUGGCACGUAUUGCAGUGUCGUGCAAAUAAUAAAGACGGCUUAUCUUUCAAGACUGACGACAAGCACAAUGAAAUACAAUGAAUGAAAGAUUUUGAGGGCUCAUUACUUUUGUCUCACACAGCCGUAAUGAAGAACAGCAGACAACGAUGCCAAGGAAGCUACAGGGGACGUACGUGUAUGAGUAAUUGUGAUAUAGAUCUGAAGAAAGAAGACAACUUGCUGCCAGCAGGGACCGAACCUGCAACCUUCAGAUUAGGCACCCGAUGCUCUUACUACGGGGGCAGUGUCCUCUCGUCCACUUCAUCGGGUAUUUUUGUGCAUGCAAACCUGGAAGUGUUAGUCAGCGCCUCUCGUAGCCAUGACGGCGAGUGUGUAACACUCUUUUCUUUGCCAGCUGGCAUCGCGUAGCAUGUUAUUCUUUAAUGAGCGGACAGCUGACCAAUCUCUUUCUUGCUGUGUGCAACGAGUGAGCUCAGGCAUUCUUAAGGACAGCGUGUGUUUGCCAGGAAAUGUUCAUAGUCAACUGUUCUUUAAAUUUGUGAAGCCUUUGCCAUCCAUGUGGCAGGUCACUCUUGUAUCAGCUCCCCUUCUAUCACACUGACAAAGAGAUUAACUAUCUUCACAGUUGAGCGUUCCACGCUUCGUUGACAAAGCACAGCAGCUGUGCAUGUGCUAGGAAAAUCCUCUCCCUUUUCCCUGUUCCAGAAGCGUUUAUAU